CCGUUAGUUUUGCGAGUUGUGUGCUCGCUCGUUGUUCUUGUUUCAUCUUCAUCCGUGGCCUUUACUCUCAAAAUCUAGGGUUAGGGUUUGCUCGAUCCGGCGGCGAUGGAGGAGGUAACAGACGCCGUUAACAACCUCAGCAUCAGCGAAUCGCACAAAAAGAACCGCAUCCAGGUCUCCAACACGAAAAAGCCGCUCUUUUUCUACGUCAAUCUCGCCAAGAGGUAUAUGCAGCAGCAUAAUGAAGUGGAGCUUUCUGCGCUAGGGAUGGCCAUCGCAACCGUAGUUACCAUUGCGGAGAUUCUCAAAAACAAUGGUCUUGCUGUAGAGAAGAAGAUCAUGACGUCAACAGUGGAUAUGAGAGAUGAAUCAAGGGGGCGGCCCAUUCAAAAGGCGAAGAUUGAGAUAUUGCUGGGGAAAACUGAGAACUUCGAUGAGCUGAUGGCAGCAGCUGCAGAGGAGAGGGAGGCGGCAGCUAAUGAGGAGCAGAGUUGAAGGAUGGAAGUUUAAAUAUCUUUUUUCUACUUUUUAUAUCUCCUGUUGUUCUUGAAUUCAUUUGGCGAUGGACUAAUUUUGUCAACAUGUGUUUUUGUUUUUUCUUUUAUAAUUUGUGAUGUAAUUGUAGCUGACGUAAGGUUCUUUUAUUUACUUGGUGUUAGCAGCGGAGUUGAUUUCU